AUGGCCGGGCCGCCUCAGACCCUCCGCCGACAGCCCCGAGAGGCGUCUGGAUCCCGCGGAGAGGCGUGGAGCCGGCUCGCUCGCCCCUGCGGCGUCAGUCCACUGCGAGGGACAGCAGCAGCGGUCGGCGCCCAGUUCAGUCAUCUGAGACCGAGCUCCGGGGCGGCGGGCUGGAGGGGGGCCCCAGGAGACCCCCAGGCCAUCGGGGCCCCGCCGCGCCCGGGCCUACAGCCCAGGCUCCCGGGGACUCACCGCCCCUCCCGUCCCCGCCCCCCCACCUCUUCCGAGGCAGCUUCCUCCCGGUGCCCCCGCCCCGGAGUCCCCGCCACCGAGCCCCGCCCCGGGCCCCUCCCUCCGCCCCCUCCCCAAUCGCCGCUAGCGCGCGCCCGGCAGCGCGCCCACCUCCGCGGGGCUCCAUCCCGGCCUCCCCCGGCCCGCUCUGCAGCGCCCGCGAAGGCUCCCACCCGCAGCCUCUGUUCGCCGGGGGACCCCGGGCCUCCCAGCCCGCGAAGCAACGGCGGUGGCGGCAGCGACAGCAGAAAGCCCGGAGGAGGCGACGGCGAGGGCGGUACUCGGCGUCGCGGCCCGCGCACAGCUCUCUGGGACCCCGAGUCCCACCGCCCAUUCCGGGCCCGGAAGCCUGCUGGCGUUGGACUACAAGUCCCGGCAGGCCGCGAGAGAGGGGCGGGGCUCACAUGCGCGCCGCGAGGCUCUCUGGGACCCCGAGUUCGGCUCCCGGAAGGCUUGGACUGCGUCUCCCGGCAGGCCGCGCGGCGGGGCGGGCGGGGCACGUGGUCGUUGUCGCGUCGCGCCUUCCGUGCCUCGCCCUCGCUGGCCCUCUGCGUCUGCUGGCGCCUGCAGGGCGUCGUCUCCGACGUGACGGCGGCCGCGCGGCGUUUCCCUUGGGCUCUGCCCUGCGCAGCCCUGGUCCGAGCUGGCCAGAGGAAGUGGGCUUCCUGCAAGCAGAGCUGUGCCCAGGACCAUGCCAGCCCAUGACAGGCACUAAGUUUGUUGAAUGAAUGUGUAAUAUAUGAAGCACCCUAAAGGAACAAUUAUCCCUCAACUGAAAACUACUCUGUUCCUGCAUAACAAAUCUUAGACCAAGACCUGAAGAGAUUCAACCAUUUCCAAGUAACUUAAUUGCAUCCAAGAACAAAGCUCAGGAAUAUUUAUAGGAAUACAAAAAUAUGCAGCACCCAACCAAGUAAAUUACAUGACAAUGAUAAUCUCAUGGAAAGUUACCAAGCACACAAACAGCAGGAAAAUACUAGCCUUGGCCGGGCACAGUGGCUUACACCUGUAACCCCCGCACUUUGGGAGGCCAAGCAGGAGGAUCACAAAGUCAAGAGAUCAAGACCAUCCUGGCCAAAAUGGUGA